AUGCUCAAGGUGCCGGACACCGAGUACUACGCCUCGCGCAUUGUUCGCUCCAAGCCCUUCUAUGACCGCCAGAAAGGCAUGUUCACGUGGAAGCGGUUUGCCAUCGUCAAGGUCACAGACGAGGCAUCGCUACGCAGCGGUGAGACGAUCAGAAAAUUCGAGGUGCCUUGGCCCAAGGGCGGACAGCGCCGUCGUCCCUUCCAAGCCACCCACGCCGAUGGACGCACCGUCGAGGAAGAGACGUGGGUGCCUUGGGUCCCCGAGGACCCCGUGCUGCUACCCGCCCGCAAGCCGCGCUCGACGCCGGCCGGUGAAGCCCAGGCCGCCGCCCAGUACGCCGAGUGGGAGGCGCAUGUCGCCCAGAAGCGCGCGCUUGCGGAGAGCGCUACUGUGGCCACGCCACCUGGUGCCCACGCCUAUGCCGGCUUUGUGGUGCGCGAGACGGUACGCCCGCCGCCGAUCGCGCAGGCGCCGAAGCCCAGCGAGAUGGUCCAUAUGGAGCGCCGGCGCCUCGCCGAGUUUGUCCAGGCCAACGAAACGCAGGCGCAUCUGGAGCAGGGCGGUGCCAUCUUUGCGGCUAGUGACUACCUGGAUGUCGCACCGCUCGUGGGCCCCGCAGCGGGCGGCGAGUGGGGUGCGCUCGACGAAGCAAGUGCCGGCGCCCAGCGUGAUGAGACGGGCCGCCUCGUUGCGCGUCCUGGCCAGUCGGAUGUCCAUGCAAUGCCCAUUGAGCUGCUGAUGGGCCGCGACCUCGCGAAUGAGCGCGGUCUCAAGUGGCGCAUGCGCCGCUGGAAGACAGCACGCGCGGCGGAGGCAGUAGCCCUUGCAGAAAAGGAGCAGGAGAGCAAGGACCUGCUCCAAGAACUCAAGGCACUUCGUGUGUAG